AUGCCAACAAGAUACGAUCCUGAAAUUGAAAUCGAUCUGACUGAUUUUGUCAAAAGGGUUUUUGAAAAUGAUUUGGAUAGGGCAGAUAAAUUUUUGACUGAAAAUGAGCUGAAAAUGUUGUUGAAAGAAGAAGAAGAUGAGGAGGAAGAAGAAAGUCUAAGAAAAUCAAUUGUUGGGUACUCAUCAUAUCCAUUGUAUCGAGAAGUAGCAAACAUGCUUAACCUAUGGCUGAAGCAUAAACACUGUCCUGUUCUAGACCUUCCACGCUUUGAUGGGCUUGAUGAGAGGAGCUACAGAGAAUGGAGAGCAGCAUCCCUCAAGUCUGUAACACCACUGCUUUUUGGGUUAGAGACCCUGUGGACUUCUUGGACCAGCCUGGAGAUUGAGUUUAGAGUGCGUGAUAUUUUGAUGCUGUUAGGCCUUCGAGGAAUUCUCGACCUGUUGGGGAUCAGGAAAACUGCGUGGAAUAAAAAUUUGCUGCCUCCGUCCAGAAAAUCAUUGGUUAAUUCAUUUACAGCUAAACACCACCCAAAAUAUGAGCUUUCAGUUGGAGCUAGAGCUUUAUCAAAGCAUCACCACAGAGACCGUUCAAAGUCAUUUUGGGGAAACUGCACCGGAUCAGAUUCAGCCAAAAAUGAACAUGCAAUGAAAAUACUGAAUAAAAUUUUGGAUAAUGCAGUGUGGAUCAACAUCUAUUGGUUGCCUCAUUAUAGUUGUAUAAUUGAGGUCCGGCAGAAUCAAGGCUAUGGCAUCAGAUGGUCUGUAGAUGGCUCCAGGUUUAGAGGUUUGUUAGAGCCUCCGAUGGUUAAUGGCCACGAGGUUGGGUGGAGACAUUAA